CGUGUCUAACAGCUUCCACAGCGAUCUCACCAGCGGUAUAAUCUGGUCGACAUGAUGAGGAUGGUUCCUGUGGCCUCAGCGCUCCUGACAGCGAUAGUGGUCGUUACUGUGGUUUUCUUCAACCGUCCAGUUGUGCGAGACGACCACAGGAAUAGAAAAGACAACUAUUCUGCUCUCCAGAAACAAAUGGAGGAGCUUCAGGUGGGUCACCAGAGGGCGACUGUGCUGCUCAACAAGCUCCUGUGUCAGGCAAACCAGGUGCUGCCAUCAGGCGGUUUCUGUCUUGAUAACAACAAAUUAGUGGUUGGUGGUAACCACAUGUGGAGUGGCCAGCUGUGCGCGGGCUUGGAGCAGCUCUUCGGCAACACCACCGUGGCCGACCUCGGGGCGGGCCUGGGCAACUACGGAAGGUGCUUCCUCCGCAGGUCAGAGGGCAUACUGAACCACCCCAACAAGGUGGAGAUUGAAAAUAUCAACAAAGAUUACAAGACUUUAAUGACGCAUGCAGGACUCUCCGGUACCCCACAAGUCAUCAAAUCAUGGAACGGAUGGGAUGGAGCGGCGAACAUCGAUGAGUUCACCAACGGGAGGAUAGCGUCAGCGGACCUCUCCAACCCCGCGACCCUCGGGGGUCCCUUCGACUGGGUGAUGAGCCUGGAGGUGGGAGAACACAUCCCAGAGUCCGGCGAGAAGAACUUCCUGGACAACCUGGUCAAGCACGCCUGCGUGGGAGUGGUGUUGUCGUGGGCGGUGCCGGGGCAAGGGGGACACUCCCACGUCAACUGCCGCUCCAACGACUACGUCAGGAAGGAGAUGGCCGCCCGGGGACUGGAGUCGGAUAAGCUCGCAGAGGUGAAGCUGCGGAAAAACGUCGACCAUCUCACCUACCUCAAGAACACCCUCAUGGUCUUCAGGUACCCCAAGAAGAGAUGCUGAGGCCCGUUCCAUCUCCUCCAACUCCUUCGAAUCUAAUAUAUUUGUAUGCGAAAAUAAGUGCCUAAACACCUGGCUUAUCAACUCUGCUGAACUUCCAAGGGUGAAAAGAUCU